GUGCUCCGUUCUUUGGGUCCUUCUCGGAGACCGACCCGGCCGAGGGGCGCGAGCGGUGCUGGGCGUGAAGGAAGGGCUCCUCCCGCCUCGCCCUUCGCGCCUCUCCCUUGGCGGGAUGGGGCCGCCGCUACCGCUCCUCUGGGCGCUGAGCGGGCUUCUUUGUGCCGCCGCCGCUGCCGGAGAAGCUCGCGGGGCGCGGAGCUGCGCGGAGACCCGGCAGGCGCUGGCGAGCCGCGGCUUCUCUCUCGCCUCGGUCCCGCCCACCCUCAUCUCGGGAGAGCACCUCCGAAUCUGUCCCCAGGACUACACGUGCUGCGCCAGCGAGACGGAGGAACGGCUGAGCGAGCAAGGGCAGACGGAGCUCCGGGCGCUCUUGGGGGGACGGGCCCUCCUGGUCAGCACCUUGAGCUCUCGCCAGCAUCGCUUUCAGGACUUUUUCCAGGAGCUUCUUGCUGGAGCUGAGCGGUCCCUGCAGGGCCAUGUUUGCCCGUUCCUACGGGCGCCUUAUUUGCAGCACGCCCGCCUCUUCCAGGGACUUGUGGAGUUGCAACGUCAGCUGAAGGGGUCUCGGCCCAGCCUAGACGAGGGCCUGAGUGACUGGUCUCAGCUUCUGGAGCGGAUGCUGACUCUGCUUAACCCCCAGUAUAGCUUCCCAGAAGGGUACCUGGAGUGUGUGGGGCGCCAGGUGGAAAGCCUCCAUGCCUUUGGAGACAGCCCCAACCAGCUCCGGGUCCAGGUAUCUCGGGCUUUCCUUGCUGCUGGGGUCCUUGUCAGGGCCUGGGCACAGGGGGACAUCGUUGCUCAGGCGGUGAAGCUGUCUCCCACUGGAGAGUGUCUACGGGCACACAUGCGCCUCUCCUUCUGCCUGUGCCGUGGACUUCCAGCCCUCAAACCUUGCCACGGAUUCUGCCUCAACGUCAUGAAAGGCUGCCUGGCGAGCAUCACAGAGAUGGACGCCGAGUGGGGGCGCUUCCUGGAUGCACUGACCCAACUGGCAGAACAACUCACCGGACCCUUCAAUUUUGAGUUGGCGGUGAUUCCAUUGCGUGAAAUUUCAGAGGCCAUAAUGUACCUGCAGGAACGCAAUAUACAGACAUCGCUAAGGUAG